CAGAAUGCCAUUAAGAUGCAAAGUAGACAGUGGAGUUGAAAUUUGCUCUGCACUUAAGAGGUUUGUGCCCUUAACUGAUACAUGGAUAACCAGUGUUUGCUGACAGCUUACACAGUUUCCACAUAUUGAGACUGGUAUUGUUAUGCAGGAGAAUUAUGCACUUAGUCUGCAUGCAUGUCAAUUGGGUAGACUCUGUUUAAUGUUUCUCAAGGUUUUGUUGGUGACCAAGGGAGUUGUUGAGUUAGACGCUUAUAAGAUAUCUAAUAAAAGCUCCCAAUAAAAGCAGUUGAGAUUUGGGUAGCAGGAGAGGCAAAUGGAAAAGCUGGAAUAUUCUAUACGGAUAUUUUUUUUCCUUCUGUUUUCUUAAAAAGGUUUGGAAGAGGUUUUGAAAAGCACUCCCAGAAGUUAGGCACACAACUUCUGUGGACUGUCAAUGCAGGUUUGGUGCCUACUUCCUAUUUUGCAACACUUAACUUGUUGUUCCCCUCCCAUAAGUAGAAAAUGGAUGUCACAAGAAAACUUGCCAGGUGUGACUUCAGACUCCAUCUAUAAGGUGGAAGAUCAGCAUAUUCCACUAUAGCCCUUGAGAGGCAGGCAGUUGCGUGGAAACCUGCAUCUUCUGAGGAGAAUGCUAUUUUCUUUGCUGAGCUGAACAGUUGCAGGUAUUCAUAGUACUAAGGAAUGCAGCUGGUUUGUUUUCUCUAGAAAGCAGAGCCAAUUAAGCAUGAGGAAAUUGCAAGAAACGGUCUGGUAGAUGCCUAAAUGCAAAAGGCACUUGCGUGGUCUAAGGAUGCCAGGGUUUUGUUUGCUAGUGUAUGCAUCCCGAGGGAUCUGGGUAGUUGGCACAUCUGGACAUGGAAACAGAGUCAUAAAAAGUGUGUACAGAGACUAAAGUUUUAACCGAGGAAUUUGCAUGGAAUAGACAUUUACUAAAAUAUUCAGCAGUGAGGCUGCAAUGACUGGUUGACUUGGCUUUUCAAGGAUCUUCGAGGCAGGGAGUCUCGCAAUCUUCCAGUGGAAACUAUAACCCCCCACUGCAAACAGUUCCCAGAGCUUGAGCCAAGAUCCAGAAAAAAACUAGCAGAAGAAGGAAAAGGUGGGAGAAAAAUAGGUGGUUUGUACAAAACUUGGAAGUUUGAUGAAGACGUAAAGAGGCCGGGAGCAGUAGAAAUUGUUCUGAUGGCAGAAGGAGAAGGCUGUGCCACCAGUGACCAGAUUAGAUGGAAGAGGAGUCUGGAUCUAGGUUUGCAGUGAAAGUCUGUGACGCUAACUAGAACAGGGCUAUGGAGAGGGCUUAACAAACAAGUUGGGGUUGAAAGGCUCCUGAAGUGAGCAGGGAGCCUGUAAUUCUUUCCAUUUGGGGGUGGGUGGGGAGAGGAAUGUGAUUGCACUUCCUGGACUCCAUAGGAGAGUGGGCUACAGCCUUUUGCUCUUGCUGGAGUCGCAGAAGUUGGGACACCGUGAAGCUGCCGGCAAGGCUUUGCAAGGCUCCGACUUGGCUGAGGACUCUAGUUGUCUGGAGUUACCCAGUGAGGCAGAAAUUGCUUGUGUUUCUUUGUGCCGAUUCAUUUCUCCAUCUGUGUUUCCAGCGUCAUUUUCUUUAUGAGCAAUGUGGAGCUAAUUCCUUAACAGUCAACUAUAUAUUGCCUUUGGGUCUAGCUCACUCAGGGGUAAGUGGGUGCAGCUCCCACGGGCAUCUUUGCCAAAGUCAUGAAUGUGUCUGUAGGGCGGAAUAUAGGUGUGUGUGGCAACGUAACCUGCACUGAACUGGAGCGGUGCAAGUGGGUUGCUGUUCACAAACCAAGAAGGCUGCAGCAGGAAAAGCAGCCAACAUCAGGUUGUUUGAUGAAGUUGGAAGCAGUUGGCUUUGCCCUUUGCUUUUCCCACUAACAUCCCCAUCAGUUCAAACACCUGCUGUAUGGUGGAUUGGUUCUCUUAAACCCAUGUUCUGUUACGCCCCCAGAGGGUAAUUCACACAGUUAAGGUCCCCAUUGGAUUUCACUGUCCCUGUCUAAUCUCUUUCCCCAGGAGGUUUGCGAAGAUUUUAACACCUGACGUGCAUCCUUGCCAGCACAUAGCAGGUGUGCAGAGUUUUGCAAUGCUGUCCUGUGCUGAGUGUUACAUAAAUGUAAAUUUGAGCAAUACUUUUAGCACUGAUUGUGUUUGUGUAUUCCUUAUGAGUCAUAUUUUAGAAAGUUAGUUUUGGGGGGAAAUUAGCCCUCUACCUGAUAGCAAGUGUUCUGUGCUCUCAGUUUCUGUUCUUUUAAAUUGUGUUUUUAUCAGGUGAAAAAUGGGACAAUUUCCAUGGCGCUUCAGGCGACUUCUUGCCAUCCUGGUUACCAUGACGCCUAGCAGAGGACUGUGGGACUGAAGUGGGAAUUCCUCCCCUCCCCCACAAAAAAAAAUAUCACCUAAUGGCCACAACUGGAGCUUACCUGGUAUGCUGACGUCAUGGGGAGCUGCUGUAGCUGCUUGUGCAGAGACAGCAUCCCGGACAACCACCCCACCAAGUUUAAGGUAACGAAUGUGGACGAUGAGGGGAACGAGCUGGGAUCUGGGAUCAUGGAGCUGACGCAGACGGAGCUCAUCUUGCACACUCGGAAGCGUGAUGCUGUCAGGUGGCCCUACCUCUGCCUGCGCCGCUAUGGCUAUGACUCCAACCUCUUCUCCUUCGAGAGUGGGCGCCGCUGCCAGACUGGACAGGGGAUCUUUGCCUUCAAGUGUUCCAGAGCAGAGGAGAUCUUUAACCUGCUGCAGGACCUGAUGCAGUGUAACAGCAUCAACGUGGUGGAGGAGCCAGUCAUCAUCACUAGGAGCAGUCACCCUACUGAGCAUGAGCUGUCCCGAACCCCACAGACACCCAGCACUCUGGGGUACACUGUUCCAGGGUUCCCCAAUGGAUUUCACAGCUUCCCUGGGGAAGCCCCAUCCUACUCCACAGCCAGACACCCCUCCAUGAGCAGCUUGAGGCACUCCUCUGUUGGGGAGGACUCUACGCACGCCCUUAUCGGGGCUGAUGAGCAGUCCCACACGUACGUCAACACCACCAAUGGUGAGGAGGAGAUGAGAGGCCGGCACUGUAUGCACACCCUGCCUGAGGUCCAUCCUUCUUUCCCUCACAGGAACCACAGCUGCUCACUAGAGGACCGAAACCCCCAAGUCUUCCUGCAGCCAGGGGAGGUGAAGUUUGUAUUGGGUCCUGCCCCUGGCUGCAGGCACAUGGUGAAAUGUGACAGCUUCUGCCGGCACCACCGGGAGUGCAGGGGACAUAUCUGUGCUCCCAACAACAACAACAACGAGUGUAAGGACAAGUACCCCAUGCCCAAGUGCAUGUACGAGAACAUCAAUGGCCUGCUCCCCCCUGGGGGUGCCUCGCUUCGGCGCGGUGGUCGCUUGAAACUCACCCGGGAAGACCUGGGCUUGAACAGCUGCUCUCACCGCAGGACGGCCCUGCUGCACUAUGAAAACCUGCCAUCACUGCCUCCCGUGUGGGAGUGCCAGCCCCUGCGGCAGGACGAGGAUGAUGAGGACUCUGGGGAUGCGCUGACCCCUUCCCCGAAUGGCUACCGUGAGCCUAGUGAAGAUGACCCCCUGCAGAACUACAUGAACUCGGAGAGCACUGUGCUGCAUGGCAGCCUACACCGCGGCAACUUCCCGCAGCAGCUCCGCAACUGCACGCCCAGCGUCUUCAGCUUCGACUUCCGCCGGCCCUGCCCGGAGCAGCAGAGGCAGCUCAAUUACAUCCAGGUGGAGCUGGAGGCUGACCCCCACAAGGGGUGCCAGAAACCCCAGGUCCCCUGCGCCCCACUUCCCACCACCCAUCCAGCCCGGAGGACGGACUCCUACGCGGUCAUUGACCUUAAAAAGACAGCAGCCAUGUCCAACUUGCAGAGGGCGCUGCCCAGAGAUGAUGGGACUUCAAGGAAAACGCGGCAUAACAGCACUGACCUGCCUCUGUAAGGGGAACACCAAGUGCGAGCAUCGCAUUGUGGCUUUUGUUAUCUGCCCUUCAGCGUGACUUCCAUCCUCCAUUCUCCCUUGCUUCUCAUCCCUGUUGGCCAACACAUCAUCCUUGGAUAGCCCCACGAAACAGACUUUACUCUUGUAGUCUGUCUGUCUGCGCUCUCUCCAUUCCUACCAAGUAUUUUGGUUUUCUGAGCCUUGCAGAGCGUUUGAAACCAUUCAGGGGAUGCCAGCACCUGAAUGGCAUCUGUAUGGGGG